AUGGCGAGUCCCUCCGACUUCAAGCUCACGCCAGAGCAGAUCGACCACUUCAUGCGCUACGGAUGGGUGCGCGUGCCCCAGUGCUUCUCCCGCCAAAAAGCAGCCGAGUGGACGGCCGACGUGUGGACGCGCCUCGGGUACUCGCCGACAGACAAGUCGACCUGGGCCGCCGAACUCACGCACAUGCCCGCGCACAAGUCGGAGCCUGUCAAGACCUUUGCGCCCAAAGCGUGGUCCGCUAUCUGUGAGCUUCUUGGCGGCGAGGGCCGGGUGGCGGAACACUCGGCCACCUGGAACGAUGCCUUCAUUGUCAAUCUUGGCACGGAAGAGAUGGCCGGGAAGUGGCCUCAUCCAGCUGAGCUGAAUGGAUGGCAUGUCGAUGGGGAUUUUUUUAUUCAUUUUCUAGACUCGCCUGAGCAGGCGUUGUUGGUGAUUCCUCUUUUUACCGAUAUUCAGGAACGGGCUGGUGGCACGAUGGUCUGUUCUGAUGCCAUCAACGCGAUGGCGCGGUAUUUGUAUGAUCACCCCGAAGGUGUAUCCCCGUAUAUGGUUCCCCGAGGCUCCAAACAAUCCAAGAAGGACUUUGAUGAUUUUUACGACGAUAUGGUGCAGAAAUGCAACGACUUUCAUGAGAUGACUGGCGAAGUCGGGGACGUGAUUCUCCUCCACCCGUUGAUGGUACACUCGGCCUCCAUUAAUAGCUUGAGACAUGUGCGCAUCAUCACCAACCCUCCCGUCUCACUAAACCAGCCCUUCAACUUCGACCGGUCAGACCCUAGCCAAUUUAGCAUUGUCGAAAGGAAGACCAUGCAAGCUCUGGGCAAGGAUCGACUACGUGGCUGGAAAAUCAAAGGUGGUAGAGAGCAUGUGACGCCUGACCGGCUGAAGACCCAGGCGCAAUUGAAGGAGGAGGAACUGCGCCGACUCAACUCGCCCCCUGCAAAGCCCGAGACUGGUCGGAAACAAAGGAAACGCGACCAAUGCCUUCUUAUGUGA